AUGACGUGGCUGGCCCUCCGACCGGCCACCUUCGCGCGGGUGUCCGUGGGCCUGGCUUGCCGGCCGGGUCUGCGGCCCUAUUCGGCUGGCGCCGGCCCCGGCAUCUCGGACCCGCUCCGGAUCCUCUUCUGCGGCUCCGACGACUUCAGCUGCGCGGCGUUGGACGCGCUCAACGCCGAGAAGGAGCGGAACCCCGGGCUCAUCGAGUCACUCGAUGUUGUCGUCCGACCGGGCAAGCUGUCGGGAAGAGGGAUGAAGAAGAUCCGCGAGGUGCCAUUGAAGAAGCUAGCUGAAAAGCUUGAGUUGCCGAUCCAUGAGAGGGACACAUUUACCGGGUGGCAGCCACGUAACGACGUUAACCUCAUUGUCGCUGUCUCCUUUGGCCUCUUCGUUCCGCCAAGACUACUGAACUUGGCCAAAUAUGGUGGACUCAACGUUCAUCCGUCCCUUCUCCCAGACUUCCGCGGCCCUGCGCCGCUUCAACACACCCUCCUCCAGCGUCGUACUCACACGGGCAUAACCCUCCAAACCCUCCACCAUAAAGCAUUCGACCACGGCACCGUUCUCUCCCAGACGCCACUCCCCGGCAUCCCGGUCCCAGAGGACUGCACCACGCAACGCUUGCACGACAUCGUCACCCCGCUCGCCGCCGAGAUGCUCGUAGACGGCCUGCGGAAGGGGCUGCACGUUCCCCCACUGAAAACCGUCGGCUGGCAGCCUAACGAAGAUGAACGGAAGCAGCUCAGCCACGCGCCCAAGGUGACGAACCACGACCGCCAAAUGAACUGGCCCAAAUGGGCCGCCGACGAUGUCGUGCUGCGUCAGCGCGUGCUGGGGCCAGUUUGGUGUUCGGCGUACCACCACGGCAGCCGGAAAAUCAUGAGGCUCAAGUUCGGCGACGCCGAGGUUGUCGAGCGUCCCGACCGGAUCGACCAGUACUACCGACGACGCUCCCUCCGCAAGAGGGGUGAGCUUUCUGCCGAGGAUGUUCCCGAGGAGGACCAAGACGUGGAGAUGAUUUCCUGGGUCUGGCAGCCGGAAGGGAAAGCACAGGACCGCGAGUCGUGGAUGGCCUGUCGCACCCCUUUCUUUGAGCACGAGGACGGGGAAAGCAUUCUGAUCCCCACUGCGGGUGGCAGUUGCCUCAAGCUGUCGACUAUCACCGUCGAAGGUUCUCGGUCCAAGCCUGCAGUCACAGCAGUCAGUGGUUUCGGCAAAGUCGUCAGAGACGAAGACGACGACGGCAACAGACCAGACGGCUUAGGCGAUGUCUGGGGGCCAUCAAUAGUUGGGGAUCUCGUAUUUUCCAUUUUCGAUCCCUAA